UCCGUGGGGUAUGACGUUGAUCUGCAGGACCCAAAACAAGCGGUACGUGUGCCAAGUCCCCUGAACGUGGCGCUCCAACUCCCGCCUCGCGCAGCGUCCUGGCAACCCCAGUUGUCUCAGCCAAUCUGGACCACCGAGUCCCGCGUGCGCGCCCGUGGUCUUUCGGACGGUUAUUGCUCUGUUAGAUGGUUGCUAGGCGACUCCGGCCUGGGCUCAGGUUAGGCACGUUUCUUCUUAAACAGAACGCGCUCGUUUGCUACAGCUGGAGUAACAUGAGAACUGGCAAACAUAUCUGCUGGAACAAUAAGAACGCACUGCAAGAACCAAAACCGCUGCCCUGCAGCCAAUCAGAAGUGGGCCGCGUCCGUCCACGCGCCUCGCAAGAUGGCCGACAGAGAUCAGGAGGGGCCGGGGGAGACGGGAGAGGACACGGACGAGCUGCUUUACUCUGAUGUGGAGGCAGAGGUCCGGGGUUCGGGGCCCGCUCACGCCCGGCCGCCCCGGGACCACUGCGACCUCCUCCUGGACGCCAUCGACGCCCAGCUGAGCCGCUUACAGGCCCAGAGCCAUGUUGUCAGAGCCAGAGAGGAUGGUGGGAACAGUAAGAGAAUGACUCACAACAGCACAGUGCUCGGUCAGAGUCAGUCUGUGAGCAAGGACACUGGGUUUGGGAGUACCCUCCACACCAAUGCCACCUCCACCCCCCCUCUCGACGUGGGACAGUCCGUCUCCGAGACUCCAGACCUCUCCUCAGAGAAGCAGUCAGGAAGCAGGGGCCCUGACUCUGCAGAACAGGAGGAGGAGGAGGAGGAGGAAGAGGAGGAUGAUGGGGGAGCGGCGGUGGGGGAGGCCGAAGAGGACUCCGAGCGGGAGCGGUGCCUCUGGAGGCUGGAGCGCCUGCUGGGACGGGCGGAGGGCGGGUUCGGGAGCUCGCCGCCCCGCAGAGAGGACAGCGUCCGCACCGAGGACUUCGCCGCCCGCUUCAGGGAGGAGAUGCUGGAGCCGCUGGGCGGAGUCAGAGCCGAGGGGGCGGGGCCUGGGAGCGGGAGCUCAAGGGAGGAGCCGCUGGGCGGAGUCAGAGCCGAGGAGGCGGGGCCUGGGGGCGGAGCUCCACUGGGCCUCGGUGAACAGAGCACACAAGCACAGCACUCCCAACUCCCACCAGCAGGGGGCGAUAGUGAGCAGUCAGGAGACACAGCCUCUGAGCAGGUUGAACUGUCCCAGGGUCAGUCACCCCAGGGAUGUAAAAAAUGCAGUGUCCACCAGGAGUCCCGUCCCAUUGGUGGAAGGAGUGUCAGCAUGACUGCUUUAACAGAUUCAACCCCCCUAUGUGUGCACAAGAGGCCUGGGACUGCCCCAACCAGCGAUGGGACCAACUGGACCAGUACACCCCAUGCAGAGGGGCCAGGAGGUGGGACCACGGCUUCUUUAAAACCCAAAUCAGACGCUCUAGCGCAGAAGGUUAGCGGGUCCGGGACUCGAAUGAUGUCGAGGUGUCCGAGCUGGCCUGGACCCACCCCAGAACCCACAGAACGAGAACUCCAACUCCGUGUCCCCUCCCCUGGCUGGACCCCCGUCUCCCGCCGUUCCCCGCUGAGGGACACAGAGACCCCCCUCUGCCCCCCACCCCCUGUGCCUUAUGGCCCUCCCUGCCCCGGUCCCGCCCCGCCUGACUGCAUCGACGGGGGCCUGCCGGAGGUUCUUGGCCUGGCCGGUUUCGGGUCAGCUCCCGGCCCCCCCAGCAGCAGCGGCACCGGUGUCCUGACAGCGUCCCGGUCCAGUGUGAUCACCGCGGAGACAGAGGGGGUCACGGGUCCCCCCGCCCGUCCCGCUGUCAGACACCUGGCAGGCGUUCCUGUGAAGAGCUUCGACUCGGUGACCAUCGACAGCGACCUGGACUCAGUGCGGACCGACCGGGUCCGAGAACACUUCCGGAAGGCUCUCCGCUGCGGUGCAGCGGUCAGGUGUGCCCAGGGGAACCUGUACCUGGAGGACCUGUGUACUGACCAGAGUGACCCUGACCUGCUGCUGGAGCCAAGGUCAAAGUUCAGCCUGCAGGCUCUGAGGCGGAACGUUCCGGAUGGAAGCCGGCGAGUCAGAGCACCCCAUAAUCCCCGGAGGGGACCCCCCAGCGCUGUGGUCAGGUACGACUGCUCGGACGAUGAGGAAACCGACGAGGAAGAGGAGGCGGAGGAGGCGGAGCCAGAGCACACUGGUCUCUCAGGACUCGACCACAGAGGGCUGGUGCAGAAGAACAGCGCCCCCUGGAGGAGACGGCCCGGCCGGUUAAGACGGCCGCACUUACGCACGUUGACUGGCGGGUGGCUGGAGGCGAUGAGCGUAGACCGGCUGCUGCUGGAGGAAGCUCUCCACGCCCUGAGACAGAACUGCCUAAGGGAGGAGGAGAGGUUGAAACAGAAGAGGGAACAGCUACAUGAUACGGAAUUGUCCCUCACUACAUUACUGCAACAGAAGAAGCAUGCCGUGCAGGAGUUGGAGUACGCCCAGGAGAGGGCGGAGCAAGCCGAACGUGAGGGGCGUGGCCUGGAGGCCAGCCUGAGAGACAGCCGGACGCUGGCGGACAGCACCAGGUCGCAGCUGCGCGUGCUGCAGGCCCAGAGGGACGCCCAUGCGCAGGAGCUGCGCGAUCUGGAGGCGGAGCUAACUGCGCUGCGCAGGCACAAGGGGGCGGAGUCAGAGAAGAGGUUGCUCACCAGUGGUCUGUCCGUCCUGGAGAGGGAGGAGCUGGACAGACAGCUGGACAGCGCCAAAACGGAGCUGUUCGCCGAGCGGCGCCGGGCCCGGCACAAACUGGACUCACUGCAGGAGAGGCUGGAGGAGACUCAGCAGGAGCUGGAGCAGUGUGUGGAGGAGGUCAGGGUCCUGAGGGCGAGUCACACGGGUCUGGAGGAGGAGCUCACUGCUGCCCAGAGACAGAGAGAGGACCUGGAGCAGAGGAGGAGGGAGGAGGCGCAGGCCCACGAGGCACAGGUGCAGGAGCUGCAGGGCCGGCUGGGGGAGCACGGGGGCCGGGUCGGGGCUCUGGAACGCCUCCUGGCCCAGCAGGAGGUGCGGCAGCAGGAGGCGCAGGAGCAGCUGGGGGCCCUGCAGGAGGAGAAGAGGAGCCUGGAGGCGCAGCUGCUCUCCCAAAGGGAGGAGCACCUCGUCGAGCUGAGGGAGACGCAGGAGCAGGCGAGGAGACGCAAGGAGCUGGAGUUGGAGCAGCUGAGGUCGGAGCUGAGCUCUGCGGAGCAGCAGGAGAUUCAGCAGGUUUUGGGACGGGCGGAGGAGGAGAAACGCGAGGCCCUUCAGGAGCAGGCCCUGUCCCACGCUCAGCGUUCAGACGCCCUGCGGGCCCGCGUUCAGCUGAAGGAGGAAGAGCUGAGGAAGCUGACGGACGCCCUGGAGCGACAGGAGGAGGCGGCGAAGACGCGGGAGGAGGAGCUUCGGAAGGAGGCGCAGGAGACGGUGCGCCAGGCCCUGGACCAGGAGCGCAGGAAGUGGGAGGCGCAGAAAGGGGAGGAGCUCCAGGCUCAGCAGGAGGCACUGGAGGAGCAGGGCCGGCGGGCGGUGGAGCGGGUGAGCGAGGAGGCGGAGAGAGAGAGGAGGAACUCCCUGGCACUGCAGAACAAGAUCGUGGAGCUUCAGACGCGCAUGCAGGAGCAGGAGAGCGAGGCCCGGCUGCAGCAGAGGGAGCAUGCGGCUGCUCUGGCUGCGCAGCUCGGCGCUCUGAGGGACGAGCAGCAGGACGAGCUGCAGCAGCUGCGCAGACAGCUGGAGCAGGAGGUGCAGAGGGAGGUGUCCCGGCUGCAGCUGGCCGUGCAGGAGGCCCAGGAGGAGGCCCAGGCCCUGCGGGCGGCGCUCGCCCUGAGAAGGGGGCGGAGUCCGGAGGAAGGGGGCGUGUCGAGGGCGGAGCUGCAGCAGAGGGGCUGGGCCACAGAGAUGGGGGCGGAGUGCCAGCGCUUGCAGGAGCUGCUGGAACACUGUGGAGCCACUGGGGGCGCUGUUCAGCUCCCACAUAAUCCUACGGUGGCCCAGGUGGCACAAACCUUGCGUUCUAUGAGAGAGCAGCUGUACACCCUGGUCAGCCGUCUGCAGCAGGACCUGGACACGCAGAGGCACAAGACCCAACAGCUAGCCCGAGACAAGGAGCGGGAGCUGCGGACUCAGAACGAGCGGUUGACUGUGGAAAGGGAGCAGGCCCUGGACUCACUGAAAGAGCGGCUGAUUCAGGAGCACAUUGAGGAGCUGAGCAGCAUGCAGAGGACCCAGCUGCGGGACAGCAGCUGCGAGCCGGGGGGCGUGGUCGCGUCGCUACGGCGACAGCUGCAGGAGAAGGACGGCGAGCUGCGGGAGGUGCAGAGGAGCAUGGGGAGGUGGAAGGAGCAGACCGCCGCCCGCCUGGCACGCAAGUUUGAGGAGGAGCUGACGGCCGAGCUGGAGAGACGGGUCCCGAGGACCAGAACGGACCAGCAGAGGAAACUGCAGCGUCUGGAGACUGAGAUGAGGCAGCUGACCGCGGAGUACGGUGACCCAGGGGUACUGCGUUCCACCUCCACCCCCUCCCUCCUGUCUGCGGACCCCCCCGCCGCCCCCGGCCCCCCCGACCUGGCCACGUUCAAGCUGCUGCGCCACCUGCAGAGCCGCGUGAGACAGCUGCGUGCGGAGAACUCUGUGCAGAGCUGCAGCCCCACGCACCUGGGCCCGUACCUGAACACACACCCGAGCACGUACCUGGGGACGCACCUGAACAUGCACCUGGGCACCGCGGGGGAGCUGGCAGGAUCAUACCUGGAGACGAUCAGCCCUGCUUCAGAGCGCUGUCACACCAGGACCCGAACCCACAGCAGGACGGUCCCGAACUGAGCCGGAGCCCCAGGGAGAUACAGACAUGGGACUGCCCCACCCCACCCACCCACCCACCCACUCAGAGACAGGUGCUCCCCCCCCCCCAAAGUCACGCACGUAAGGUACGGUGCACUGUAGAACCGCUGUGGUCAGGUCAUUUCAAAAAGAGGACUGCUUGAAAGCACAAAGUCUCACCUCUCACUCACAGGAUGACUGCGGGAUCCGGGGUCUCACCCACGCCCCCCCCCCCAGGGGCCUCGCCCCCCCGCCCACAGAGGCCUUGACCCCGCAGUCAGGACAUCCCGUAAAAUACCUGAGCACGCUCCGAACACACCUGAGUUUCGCCAGGUUUUUUACUGCCGCAGUUAAAGGCCGGGAGGGUACAGCCUGACGUCAGACCGCGGCAAUAUCCCAGAGGCCUCGCCGUCUUUCACGCGCGGCGCGGACGCUCAGCGCCCUGACCGCGCGCUCGUAAACCGGUCAGUCACCCCGCGUGAGGCAGCGGACGGAGUGGCGUUUGAGUGGCGGGUGCAUCGGGUUCGCAGUUAAAGGGCCGGUCACAUGACUCUGUAUGACUACCGAGUGCUCCUUUUAUCGUCUUUUUCGAAAUCGUUCAAAAUAUUCGAGCGAGACAACUGCCAGAUCAACGCAGUUUUAAGUGCAAGCGAGGUUUUACUUCAACAAUGAUUUCUUCCCCGUUUCAUGGUACACUUUUCCUAAUAAAGCACGCAGACGUGGUAUUUUGUCAUUUCAAGUUUAAUUUAAAAAAAAAAAAAAGGUCAACAAUCCACUUUACACAGGCUUCCACAAUCAAGGUGCAAAUAAGAUCAUCUGGAUCAACAAACAAACAAAAAAAAAAAACAUUCACAUUCUGAAGCCCAACGAAACCCAUAAUACUUGAUUGUAUGUGCUUUUUAAUUUUUAAAUUUUUU